CAAACAUUCAAGAAAUCCUCGCAGAUCACAAGAUACCUCCUCACUGGAGGUACAUCAAAAUUGAAUCUGGGGAGCUCAUUUUGAAUUAGUACGUACUACUUUCAUUACAAUUUUACUACCCGAUUUUGUCACAUACCACGCCAUUGAACGAUGGGUCUGGGUCAUCGUCGGGCACUGAUCGGAGCCGAUCGAACGUCGAGACUUGACGAACACCAGCGCCAAAACCGACSCGAAAACAGCAGCCGAUUGACCCGACGAGGUGCUGCAGGUGCGGGUUGUGCUAAAAUGUUAUUGUUCACGGUGACAAUCCUUCUUUGCAUUAUGGGCAACCAAAUGGUGGUGCAACUGUACGAAUACGCCUAUCACAAUCACAAUCACAACGGCGAUCAUCAAAGCAACGAGCAAUUGGGCAUCGGCGGUGGCGGAGGUAGUGAUGGCAAGGACGGUGCUGUUGUGAGUAGGACCGCAACGAACGACGAAAAUAAAAAUAAAACCGAAAUCGAAAUCGAAAUCAAAAUCAAAAUCAAAAACGAAAUCAAAGACGAAAUAGAAAACAAAGCAAAUAAUAAGGGGGGAGCCAACAACGACAAGAAGUGGAAAUGGUUCGACGGUGAUUUGAACGCAUACUACAACUCUCUCGAAACUCAAAUUCAYGACCGGGACCCCUCCAAAAUCGCCUCCUACGCGGUCCACCGAUGGAUGGGGCCCAAGGGAUCCACAGAGGAGCACUAUGAACUAAUCGAUCGUGCAGUGGCACAGCACCAUGCCACUGUCCGAAAACUAAAGGUCUUUGACGCCGGGUGUGGAUUGGGUUCGGCGCUGAUGUUCUUCGAAAAGAGACACCCCAACUGGGAUAUGACSGGACACACCAUAUCGGAGGAGCAGCACCGGUUUGCGGAGACGAAACUMCCGAAACACAACUUCCAAGUCAACCUUCGAUCCUAUGACGAAAUCGAUGCCAUCGACAGCAACAGCGGCAACGGCGACAGCAAAACUAUUUCCUACGAUGUAAUCUACAGCAUAGAGGCAUUGAUUCAUUCCCCCAAUGUCACCCACACGAUGAAGGAGUGGGUGGAUCACCUCGAACCUGGAGGAAUCGUGGUCAUCAUCGAUGACUUCAUCUCGGACGGAGUCGACAAACAUCACCACGACAUUCAGGCCUUUUCCAAAUCGUGGCUGGCAAACGUGCUCAUCACCCCCACCGAACUCGAGGAGCUCGCAAGGAAUGUUCUUGGGUUGACCGUGGUGGAAAACCUCGAUUUGCUCGCCGAAUACGAAAUCGUGAAACGCAACUACCAUAAUAAAAAACCGGUCAUCAAACCCGUUGCCGACCGCAACCACCAGGGAUGGAUGGGUUCCAAGUGGAGACAACGYCUGACGGUGGAGGGGAAGCUCUCCUACAACAUGAUCGUCCUCAAAAAAGACAGAGAAAGACGAUCCUUAGAGACGACUCGACGAUGUUGUGACGAUGGACGGUGAAAUGUGCGCUUCGGUUCCUUCCAUCAAAAUGGACGGCGAGAACGAAGAACAACGCGCAAGCUUUCCCAAUCACGCCACAGCUCAUGUCGGGAAGAGGAGCGGGUGGUGACAAUAAGAUGGCUUGCAUCUYCGGUUGUUACUGCUACAACAAGGGACUAAAGUGGUACGACCACCUUGACGCCCAUCGCACAGACAACACAGCGUAACUGAAAGCUGGACCGGAACCUUUGUGGCCACUACAUCGAAGUCUUUGCAAAGCACCUGAACGAUCACUACGGAAGCUACCCCGCAGCAUCGUCAUCAGCAUCGUCGAGCACCGAACGAGGGAGAUUCUUGGACAUUGGAGGCACGGGARGCACGGCGUCCGGAAUGACUAAGGUGACGAGCAAAUUUCAGCACUUCGCGGGGCCACUAGAGUACUGGAAACUCCACUCGGACCCGGCCGCCAAGGACCUGGAAMGAACCCUCUUUUGCGACAGUGACGAUUGUCUCACCGCUGAAACCUGUGGCUUCGACGUCACGUUUACCCACACGGUACUCGAACAUGCCAAGCAGCYCUGGAAGUMUUUCGRCACGAUCGCGCGCAUCACGAAGCGCGGCGGGCUGACGAUGCACCUGGUGCCCUGGUCGUASCAAUACUAUGCCACCCUCGAYGACAACUACCGGUUCUGCCACAAGGCCCUYGUCACCSUCUUCGAGGAUCGAGGAUUCGACGUUUUGGAGGUCGGAUACGACGUCUGCUCCAAGCCUGACCAMAYGAAGAAUCGAAUCGACGAACACUAUGAUGUUAUUUGGCUGACCUACGUAGUGGGCCGAAAACGACAGUCCCUUCAUAACGUUCGGUUCGGUUAUGUGUACGGAAUAGAUAGCUGUAUAAUAAUAUUGUCAAUAGGAUGCCGAUUCAAAUCUAGCAGAAGCAACAAUUGCAGCACGCAAUCGAUUUAAGGUCAUAAAAUAAUAUUAAUAUUAUUCUUAUCCCACCUCCAAGAAUUGGCAUGAACAGACUGCAAAACAAUACAUUUGUUAUGAUUUGGUAUGGUAGACCAGUAAAUGCUGUUUGCGCAU